AUAUUCGCGUUUUUCACGAACUAUAGAGGGCGCUGUAUUUUUACAAAAUGGCUACUCUAUCUGGGUCGUUUGUUAGUCGUCAGUGUAAAAUGAAUUAUAUAUUACUAUCUGAUGUAAUGAAAUAUGCUACUUGUAGCAGUUCAUCGAGAAAUUUUAUAGAAGGAGAACAAGUAUUACUAGCAGGACACGUCAUUUUAUGUGGUAUUGUCGAGAAAAACGAGCAAGAUCGUGCUGUACAUUUUUGUGCUCUUUGUCUGCAAACAUCAGCAUUGACUUCUAUCCCACACAAAAUUACUGGAAUUUUAAAGUUUAUCGACAUAUCAUAUAAAAUUGACAGCGUAACUUGUUCCUGUAAAGCUGGACAAUCGGGAAAAUGCAAACAUUGCUUGGCAGUAUUACUCUAUCUUAACAGAAAUAACAUAGAAGGACUUGAGAAAUUAUCUAAGACAGACUUGGAAUGUUCUUGGAACAGAUUAAAAGAAAAUGUCCAUUCUAAUUACGAAAUAAUACCAAUAAAGAAAUUUUGCCAUACUGGAUCUAAUAUUAGCAGACUAGCUUUAAAUAUUGAUCCCGAAAAAUGCUUAAACAUUUUAACAGAAGUUACACCAAAUUCUUCACUAACAAAACAUAUGAAAGGACGGAAAAGCCUUGCAUCAUUAUCAGAAAUAAAGAGAGAUAUCAACAGAGUUAAUCAGAAUAAUGAUGUCAAUGUCAAUGCUAUUUUCUCCCACAUUCAAAAUUUUAGUUCAAUUGGAAUUUUUAAUUAUAAUAAAUUGUAUUAUACAAGUGUUAUAAAAAAAGAAUUAAUAUUAACUUUUAAAGAUAUUGGUUUAGAAGAUUUGCCAAAAAGUUUGAUUUGUUAUUAUAAAAAUAAAGUUAUGGUCACCAAUGAAGAAUGUAAGAGAAUUUGUGUGAAAAGUAAAGUAAAUAAAAUAUUAUGGAAGAACGAGAGGAACAAAAGAAUUACAGGCAGUAUAUGCUAUAAUUUUUAUACAUACCAUUUCAAUUGUAAUCCGAAUUGGAAUGAAAAAUUUGCAAAGCGCAAUAUUUUUGGGGGGAAUGAAAAUACAGCAUAUGGCCUCUUGCAUGAAAAUGAUGCAAGAGAAUUGUAUUCUUCACAUUCUGGCAAGAGAAUUGUAGAAUUUGGCCUGAUUAUUUCACCAGCUUUGCCAUGGUUAGGAUAUACUCCUGAUGGAAUAAUAAUAAAACAAAAUAUUCCAACUUCUCUUUUAGAAAUAAAGUGCCCAGUAAAGGGAAGGAAUGAACCUAUUCAAGCCUUAAUUCAAAAGAAUGCAUUGAAAUUUAUUACAAUUAAUGGUGAAAAUGUUGAAUUAAGAAAGAGACAUAAAUAUUAUGGUCAGGUUCAGCUAGGGUUACUAAUAACUAAUUUGCCAGUGUGUGAUUUUGUUAUAUAUUCAUCAUUUGAUAAUUCAUUUAUUUCUUUUGAAGUAAAAAAAGAUGAUGAAUUUUUAAAUAAAUUUAUUUCAAUAUUAAAAGAAGUAUAUUUUAAUAAAAUGCUUCCAUUUUUAGUUAAUGAAAGUAAUGAGUAGAUUAAAAGUAUAUAAACAUUUAAAAAGUUUUUUCUUUUCUAAUACAUAAUGCUUGUUUAACAUGGAUGUUCUAAUUGAAAGAUUAUCUUGUAAAUAUCUUAUUAAAUGAAAAUUGUAAAAAAAUCUUGUGUAUGAAUAUCUUAUUAAAUGACAACUGUAAAAAUCUUGUGUGUGAUAAUGUAUUAAAAA